CCAGAAUGAGAAAUCUCCAGUGGGAAAUUAUCAUCACGUAAAUGUGAAAGAUGGGAAUCACUUCCACUGCAGUUUCAAGGACAGAUUCCACGGACACCUGUCGGGAAGGUUCAGGGCCCUUUCUGCUGACUGUGAGAAGUGCCAAGAUGAGCAACGAGAGGCCAGACAACCCUGUCUCAUCUAUACCGACCGAGGGCCAGAAGAAAAAGAGGGGAAGACCAAGGAAGCAGCCACAGGAGGACACCAUGGAACGGCUGUCAGAGACAAAACCACGAGGAAGGCCAAAAGGAAGCAAGAAAAGGACUACUGUAACUGGGGAAACUGCAGAACCUCCUGCUGAGAAGAGGCCAAGAGGGAGGCCCCGCAAGUGGCCUCAAGCAGUGGUCAAAGAAGGAGAGUCUCAGGAAGGAGAUCCUCAGGAAAGCGGUGACUCGAAUUUGAACUCGGCACCAACCACCCAAGGCAUCACUGGAAAACGCGGUUCCAAGCCCGGCAAAACUGCUGGUUUUAAGAGAUCUCAGACUGCCACCCCUGCCACAGCUCAGUAGUGCCACCUGUUCAUGUCUUACUGAAGCCAGAGGACUGCAAAGCAAACAGGAUUUUUAAUGUUGUAUUUCAGAUUCUUCCUUUGUGAUAAUUUUGGCCAAGUUCUCUCUCCUGUUUGUCUGCUGGUUUGCUAAUCCCAAACACCCAAACAGGGACUUGGGGGAAGAAAGAACAAAUGCCUUGUUGGAGAGAUGCCUUGCACAGUUUGUAGUGUACCUUUUGUGAGGAUAUUAAUGUUUCUUUAAAAAUACUUGGAUAACCUGGUGCCUUACCCUGCCACAGACUGCAGUAGUUCAACAGAAAAGUAAUGAGCAAUGCAGAUACAGGAAGGGAAAUCUAUUUACACAGCAG